AUGUCGCCGCAAGAGAAAAUUGACGCAACUAAGGACCUUAUGGAAGAUUUAGAAGAACAUCGCAACAACAAAUCUUUAAAGAGCCACAAUGUCCCCAUCAGUGCCUUUUAUGACAUCCGUGCUACGUUAGACUCUCUUGCAAAUCUCUCUGCAAGGACUGGAUGUCAUACUGCCCUCAUUACUGUCCGAGGGGACCUGGACCAUUAUAAUCGUCCUUAUGUCUACCUUUCAGAUGAUCAUGUUGGAGACUUCUUUCAGCUUGCUCUCAAGGAGACACCCUCCAACUUUGCGACACGCCUUGAAGGCUACUGUGUCAUUUCUAACUACAAGAAGUCUUUCCUUCAACUUAAAAGCAGGACAUCUGCACUUACCCUUAAUAAGCUUUGUGAAGCAAUGCAGGUGCCCAUCCCCAGGAUGUAUUAUGUAAAUUUUGAUGAGAACAUUAUUGCACAACACAGUGUAGUUCUUGAAAACUGGCCACUGACAAAAUUUGCAAGUCCUGGGGACAUCGGCUUGAUGGUGGAGGUUAAAAUUGUGUAUAAUGCAUUUAUGUCUGGUGCAACAAAAUUUCGCAAGUUAACGGCAGCAGAGUGGCAAGAAUGGGAAGAGGCUAGAUUCAAUCAGGACCUUGAACAUACAGAGGAAGGUGAGGAUCCAUUGCCUGCAUCUACCUCACAGCCAGUGUAUGCUAAACCCGAAUCUGCACCUAUGCAAAGAAAGCAAGCUCACAACGAAGUAGAUGGUGGCAUCAUGCACAUCAUUUCGGGUAUUUCAGGCAUGGGAGGGGAUAAGGUCUCUGUUGCUAAGAAAGCCCGCAAGACACGCUCUGAUAAAGGCACAAAAGAGGAUCGAAACAGCGCACUGAUCAGGCAGGAGGGACUGCUUCAAAUUGAACAUAGAUAG